CUUCUCGCCGUCGCGAGUCCGACAUUUUCCUGCUAUGCACUGCUGAGGGAAGAUCUGCGUGUGGUGAAGCCGCUGCGUUGAGUCUGUUUGAGUCCGAGUGUUUGUGCUUGUGCGCGCGAGAAACUGUGUGUAUCGAUAUAUAUAUUAUUUUAUAAUUAAUAUAUAUAUAAAGAGCGAGAGCUGUGAGAGUGACUGCGCUGCGAGAGUCUCCGCGGGUGUGAAAGAAAACUUGGUGUGCAUUGCAAAAUAGAACAGUAACAAACAAAAAAAAAAAAAAAAACAAAAUUUAGAUAAUACAUUUAUCCGUUGUAUUUCAUUGUUAAAACGUACAUAACAAAGAAAAAGAAAGAAAGCAACGCAGGAAAGAAUCGAGAGAAAGAGAAAACAAAACAAUAAACCGUAUUGAGAAAAUUUGCGAGUGAGAGAGAAAAAGGAUAUAAUCUCGUUCCCGAGAACUUGCUGAGUGUUAUAUAUACAUAUAUAUCGUUGUGCGAUUGUGGGACUGCAGCUGUGUGUGUAUUUUGUGCUCUCAUCUUCUCUCUUUUUGGCCUUCGUACGACUACUUCUACCUACUACUACCACUACUAUACACACCUAUGUUACAUGCAAAAAUACUAUUCAUAGUUCGACACACGACAUAAAGUAUCGUAUAUAGGCACCUAUAUAAGACCGAAUUCUACGAUUCAGUUUUUCAUAAGUGCUAGAGAGUCGUCAUCGAUAACAACAAUAACAACAACAACAACGACAGCUAUCGAAGCUAUAUCUCUGUCCUCGAAGAGGUGUCGUCGGAACAAUCGAUGCUCCAUAGAUAUCAUCGGCUCGCGCCCGAGUUGUGAGCGAAGAACGAAAGAGAGAGAAAGCGGCGGGGCUAUAAGGAAAUAGUAGAAAAGGUCGAUUUCAUGCGUGUGAAACAAGAGCAGCAGCCAGGAGAAACGCAGACCCAGCUACAUCAGCAGGAACGUAGCAGCAGCAGCAGUAGCGGCAGCAGCAGUAGCAGCAGCAAAGAAGCAGCAGCAGCAGCGACGACCGCCGGCGACAUAGAUAUAAUCAAGCAGCAAGAGAGCGAGGUGGAGCUCGAGUUGCAUCCGACCAACGACGAGCUGCUCAACGACGUCAAAAUUCCUGCUGCCAGCGACGAAUUAGUAGCGCCGACGACGACGAAAUCCACGAAGCCAACGGCAGCUAGCAGCAGCAGCAGCAGCAGCAGUAGUACUAACACCACCAACGCGGGCAGCGGCGCUAAUACCACUACUACUACUACUACUACUACUACCACGAGCGUUAUGUCGUCUUACAUUCAGGUCUCGGAGGACGAGGGUGAGGAGCCGAUCGAGCUGCCCACGGAGGACGACGGCACUCUGCUCCUGACCACCCUCGCGGCCCAGUUCCCGGGCACGUGCGGCCUCAAGUACCGCAAUCCCGAGUCGAGGGCGAUGCGCGGCGUGCGCCUCGUCGACGGCAGGCUACACGCACCGGAGAACGGCUGGGGCAAGACCGUUUACUUUUGCAAUUUCCCAAAAGAAAAUAAACGUAAAUCCGAUGACAACUUAGAGAAUUCUACGGCUAAAACUAAGCGUAUGGAAACCAAACUUCGUUGCACUGAUCUGAUCGUUCUUGGAUUACCAUGGAAAACCACAGAGCAGAAUCUUAGAGAGUACUUUGAGACUUUUGGCGAAGUUCUGAUGGCUCAGGUAAAAAAAGAUUCAAAAUCUGGUCAAAGCAAGGGUUUUGGAUUCAUUCGAUUUGGCAGUUAUGAGUCUCAACUAAGAUGCCUAGCCCAACGUCAUAUGAUUGAUGGUAGAUGGUGUGAUGUGAAAGUGCCCAACAGCAAGGAAGGCAUGAUCCAGCAAGUUCCGUGCAAAGUGUUCGUGGGUCGCUGCACCGAGGAUCUGACGGCCGAUGAUUUGCGCGAGUACUUCACCAAGUUCGGCGAAGUUACCGACGUGUUCAUCCCCAAGCCGUUCCGUGCGUUCAGCUUCGUGACUUUCCUCGAUCCCGAGGUCGCGCAGUCGCUCUGCGGCGAGGAUCACAUAAUCAAGGGCGUCUCGGUGCACGUGUCCAACGCGGCGCCCAAGUCCGACGCCAACAAUCGCGGCGGCGGCGGUGGCGGCGGCGGCAGCGGCGGCGGCAACUUCAACAAUCAGCUCAACAGCGGCGGCAACAUGCGCGUGGGCGGCCGAGGCGGCAUGGGCGGCGGCGGCGGCGGCGGCGGUGGCGGCGGUCCCAUGGACAAUAACAUGCCGGGAAACUACCAAGGUAACAGGUACAUGGGCCACUCGGGCAACAACAUGGGCCCGAACGGCUGGAACAAUCCAGGGAACCGCGGUAACCUCGACAUGCCCAAUCUACAGGCGCUGGGCAUUACUGGCCAGAACAACGGUGGAGGCCAGGCUGGUGGGAUGUCCAACCCCUUGGCAAUGGGCGGCCUUAGUCUCUCGGCCUUGCCGAUGAAUCCGGCAUUGGUAGCGGCGGCGAUCAACCAGGCCAGCUGGGGCCUCAUCGGCAACCUGCAGAACCAGGGAAACGACCAGGGCUACAACAAUCAGCCGGGCCCGCCCGGGCAGCCUCCCAACAGCAACAACAGCCUCGCGGCUAGCGGCAACUCGGGCUUCCUCUCAGGCUGGAUGAAUCAGGCAGGUGGCGCGGGCGGCGGCGCCGGGGGCGCCGGUAACGGCGACGGCAACAACGCCGGCAAUCAGGGCACCCAGGGCGGCCCGAACAAUCCCAACGCCUCCCAGGGCGCCUGGCAGAGCCAUCCCGGACAGCGCGAGCCCAAGUCCAAUGCUUUUCUCAAGUACGACUAAGUUCGCUCUCGCUCGCAGAGGCUUGCCUUCUAUAUAUACCAAGCCUCGGCUCUCGAAGGCGGCGGCGGUGGCUCGCGAAGGGUUGUGG